UUCAACCGAACAGCCCCUUACUAUGCCCUAAUUUCACCCCCAAUUUUGAACACGAUCGAUUAUCGUUCAAUAUUUCCCCAACUCGUCCUCUGCAUCAGAAAGUCUCCUCAAUCUAAAUUCUCAGAAACUCUCGCUGUGCUCAUCAUUUUUGCAGCUGAGAGGUUUUUUUAAGAAUGACGGAGGUGGGUGAAGAUGUUAUGCCGAAGGAUGCCAAGAUUGUGAAGGAAUUAUUGAAGUCAAUGGGUGUCGAUGACUACGAGCCUCGAGUCGUAAAUCAGUUUUUAGAGCUCUGGUAUCGCUAUGUAGUUGAUGUGCUGUCCGAUUCACAGGUGUAUGCGGAACAUGCUGGGAAGUCUGUCAUCGACUCUGAUGAUGUUAAGCUUGCAAUUCAGUCCAAAGUCAAUUUUAGUUUCUCGCAGCCUCCACCUCGUGAGGUGCUGCUAGAGUUGGCUAGGAGCAGAAACAAGGUCCCCUUGCCUAAAUCAAUAGCUGGGCCGGGGAUUCCUCUGCCUCCCGAGCAGGACACGUUGAUCAACCCGAAUUAUCAGCUUGCUAUUCCAAAGAGACAUAACAUGCAACUGCCUGAAGAAACUGAAGAGGAUGAAGAGACUGCUGAUGUCAAUUCGAACCCUAAUCCUAAUAAUCCUCAAGACCGGAGAAAUUUGGCUCAAGGAGCUCAGCGCGUCUCGUUUCCCCUUGGGGCCAAACAGUCUAGAUAACUCUCCUAUUGUAGUAAUGCUUGUAAUAUUAAAAAUGAUUCACUAUGUACCAAGUUGUUGGUUUAGCUUGUAUAAUGCACUUGGUUAUUGUCAAUGGCAGAAAUCUGAACAAUAGACUAAGAA